AUGGAUGGUACAAAUGGAGAUACCGUCGAUUCAAAAAUUGACCAUACCGCUUCCCUGAGGUAUUGGAACAGCGUUCCGGCUACUACGAACGGGAUGCUUGCCAUGCUUGGCAGCUAUCCCUGGUAUUCACGGAUCGACCUGCAGGGAUCAAGAAACUUUUUGGCCAAAGUUCGUCGAUUGAUACCAGCCCUACCAUCCGAUGGAAAAUUCAAACUAGGGAUAGAUGGCGGUGCAGGUGUCGGGCGUAUAACCGAAGGGUUCCUGAGUCAUGUCUGUGAAGUGGUAGACGUGGUAGAGCCGGUGGAGAAGUUCACGCAGGUUCUACGUGAUGGUUUACUGAAGAAAGAAGGAGUCAUUGGUGAUAUAUACUCGACGGGUCUUGAGAACUGGUGCCCCCAGAAGAAAUACGAUCUCAUAUGGACACAAUGGUGCGUGGGACACCUGACCGACUCACAACUGGUGGACUAUAUUACCCGAUGUGGCGCUUGUUUAACCGAGACGGGUGUCAUGGUGCUGAAGGAAAACUUGUCAUCUGAUCCGUUUGGUCAAGAUAUGUACGAUGACUUGGACAGUAGCGUGACGAGAACGGAUUCGAAAUUCAAGCAGAUUUUUGAGGCGGCAGGAAUGGACUUGAUCAAAUCAGAGAUACAGCUUGGAUUUCCGAAACAAUAUAAGCUCCUGCCCGUCAAGUCAUACGCGUUGCGACCAAAGCUUCGAACCUCCAAUGCCCCAAGUGAUUCGACAUAA